CGGGAAACCCGCAUCAAAGCGGAAGUGGAAGGAAGAAGCCAGUUUAGUGGACGGAGAAACUAGCGGAGGAGUUCGGAGUUGAGGUGAAGGAGAGACACCGGCAGGGAUGGAGAAGUACCACGUCCUGGAUCUGAUUGGGGAAGGGUCGUUUGGACGAGUCUACAAGGGGCGACGGAAGCACAGCGGGGAGGUGAGGUCCCAGAGUGGCUAACAGAAUCUGAAUGGUUGUGGCUCUGAAAUUUAUCCCUAAAGUCGGGCGUUCAGAGAAGGAACUGAAAGGGUUAAAAAGAGAGAUUCAGAUCAUGAGAGAUCUGAGACAUCCCAACAUUGUGCGCAUGCUAGACAGCUGUGAGACUGAAAGAGAGGUUGUCGUGGUUACCGAAUAUGCUGAAGGCGAACUGUUUAAAAUCUUGGAGGAUGAUGGGCACUUUCCUGAAGAGCUGGUGAGGGAUAUUUCUGCCCAGCUGGUGUCAGCCCUCUAUUACCUGCAUUCUCACCGGAUCCUGCACAGAGAUAUGAAACCUCAGAACAUUUUGCUCAGCAAAGAUGGCACAGUCAAGCUCUGUGACUUUGGGUUUGCACGGGAGCUCAGCCUGGAUACUCUCAUGGUGCGCUCUAUAAAGGGGACUCCCCUGUAUAUGUCUCCAGAGCUGAUUCUUGAGCGUCCAUACGACCAUCGCUCUGACCUCUGGGCCUUAGGGUGUAUUGUGUAUGAACUCCUAGUUGGGACGCCUCCAUUUUACGCACAUAGCAUCUUCCAGUUGGUCAGCAUCAUUACCCAGCAAGCCGUGCGCUGGCCACGCGGAGUUUCUCCGGAGUUGACGAAUUUUUUACAGGGUCUUCUCACAAAGGAUCCUGCUGUCAGGCUUUCAUGGCCAGAACUGCUGAGGCAUCCAUUUAUCAAAGAUCAAGUAGUAGUAGUGGAGGAGAAUGCCAACAACAGUCCCUUCACUUCCCCUCUGACUGAAGAACAGCAGCAGCUAAGGAACCAGCUGUGUGAGAAUGCAGGGCAGAGCAGCGUGCACUCUCGUAUACUGAGCAAGGCUCGCCAGCGCGUGGCCAAGAGAAAGGAGAAGCCUGUCGUAUGUAACCUGCAUGUACAGAGUUUCCCCCCCCCCCGUAAGGCACAUGUAGAUUCAUCCCCCCUUGAGGCACACACAGAUCCAUCCUUCUUACCCUGUACCUGUGAGGCCCUCCCACCUAUGCAGAUCCAUCUUCCCCCUUCAGUAGCAUCAAAACUCCACAUGUGCCCCCCCAACACACACAAAUCCAUCUUCUUUCCCAACACAUCACUUUUAUCCCAGAUACCUGCCACUAAUACCACCCAUCUUGCUAUAUAGAGAAAACAACCAGAGAAUGGCCAACAGGCUCCAGCUCCAAGAAUCUCAGGCACCAAGUUUUCUCCACCAACCCCAAGGGAGCAUCGGAUCUCAGAGGACUACGACCGAGAAUUCUCCCUGGAGAAAAGCGUGAGAGGCAGCAUUCAGAAAGUACGGCUGGAAAAUGAGGACAGUGACGACGAGUGGGCUGUGAUGCUGGAAGCCACUGACCCCUCGGUAGCUCAGAUCAGUACCCCCUUCCUCCUUCUGCAGGACAGCAGCUUCCGGCAGCGAGUAAAAAGCCGAUUGCAAGACUGUUGCCCACUGCACCCCUGGGCCGUCUCCUUCCUGACUGAUCUUUUUGCUUUACUGAAUUCAUAUUACCAUUUCAAACGACACCCAGAAUCCUCCAGCAGUCUUCAGGCUUGUGAAGGCCUUUUCCUUGGAGUGUUGGAUUUCCUACUCUCUGGUCCUCAAGAAGGAGACACUACAUUACAGGAGCUGGGGUUGCAGUGCCUGGUGUCUCUCUGCGAGAGUGCAGACUGCAGUCCUGUCCCAGAGUGUGAGAAAGUCUACAACAUGUUGCAGUCUGAGCACAAAGGGCUCCUUGACAAGAUCAUAGCAAGAUCCCAGCCCCCCAUUGCUAAAAGAUCUGCAGGUGUCACAGAGCCGGAUUACUCCGCAGGGGAGCGACUGGCAGGUUUUUACACCGAGGCUCUGGCGUCUCUGUGUGACAUCCCUCCAUCCGGAGAGCACCGAAGACUUAAAGAGAAUGUCUCUUUAUACGUCUCGGAAAAAUUGCUCUCUGACAUGGGUUGUCUCUUUGACAGUUUUGUCACCAGCCUUCAGCACUCGCACUGCACUCUGAGCCGUUUGAAGGUCCUGUAUUGCUGCUGUCACGUCAGUCUUGACCUAUGCAAGCGCCUUGUAAGCAACAGUUGUGCCUUACAGUGUAUCAUUUCUCUUCUGGAGGGAGAGGUCUCUGCGUGGGAUGCCUCCAUGAUUCACACAGCGGGGCAAGCUCUCUUUCUGAUGUCUCUUCUUGUCCUGCGCUUACAGUCUCUCCCACCACAAAUGUCCCGUAUGACGCUCUUACUUCUACGUCUCCUUACAUGUGAUUUGCCUUCUGUUGUGGUUUCCUCUACAGCCCUAACCUGUGCCAUCCAAGACUGCGGGGUGCCCAUUGCACUAUCCCAGGACAACCUGAUCUGUGCCAUAAGAAGCGCCCUUGCCGACACUCCACAAGAAAUAUGUCCACCUCUCGGCUCUGGAACGUUUGACUGGGUUUUUCACUUCUUACAGCAGCAGCUGAACCAGGAGGAAGCGCUGUCUCUGGCUGUCUCUGAAGAGGGUGCUUUUCUCUGGCACCGGCUAUCAGUGCUGCUGCAAGUUUCCCACCAGAGGCCACGUUUAGAAGGAGACACGCCGCGGGAGAACGAGUGCUCCAAGCCAGAUUGGAACCUGCUUUCUGUGAGGGGUAUUGUGAGCUUUCUGGAGUUGUCUCUUCUGACUUCUGUGCGAGACCCCGAUCGCUUUCUGUCCCUUCUGGCCCACCCUGACAGCAUCGCCAUGGCCGCAGUGAACCGCUUACUGACCCCCAGCUUCUUGGCACAUGUCUCUGAGGCUUGCAACAGCUGCGGAUGGGACGAAUCUGACACCAUCUCCGAGAUAGUCAUUCUUGUCUGCCAGCUGCUGUGCAUCCCGUUCUCCGUUGAGACCCCUACGGAAGCACUGAGAGAGAUCCUGCAGUCUCUAAGGGAGCAUCAGACUGUUACAUUGCUACUGAAGACAUGCUGCCAUCUGCCGCAGUCUCUUGCAGAGUUGCCCGUCUCUCUCGUAUGCCGCCUUGUUCUCAUGGAACCUGACUUUCUGGCUGAAUUCUCCCAGGCAGUCACCUCCUCCGAUGACCUGGCCAUCUGGCUGGGCAAUGCUCUGCAUUCUGGACAGGACAGUCUGACCUGUGACUUGCUGUCAGUUUUUAGUCACCUGAUCAGAGUGUCUUCGUCUCAUUUGCCGCUGCUACAGAGGAUUGUGGGCGACUGGGAAGAGCUCCUCUCCUGGCUCCUUCAGGCGUCUGAGUCCGGCCUGAGAGCCGCAGCGUGCACACUGGCAGGGAAUCUGGCACGACUGGGGGAAACUCUGCCCCAGUCCUUUGUGAAGAGACUGCUGGACUGCCUGUCGGACAGGGAUGCCAGAGUCAGACGCUCUGCCGCUUUUGCCAUGGGGAACACAGCAUUCCAUGGAGCCAAAGGAAACAUUUACAACCCGUGGGUGUCCACUGCAGCAUCUAAGUUCCUGACUCUCCUGAGAGACCCCCAGUCAAAAACCAGAGCUCAUGCUGCAAGUGCUCUUGGGAAUUUGGGAAGUGUUUUAGGGGAAGGGGGGCAGACAUCUCCGUUGAUGUUAAAGGUCCCACAGCUUCUGUUGCAGUCGGCGUGCACAGACCAAGAACAGACAGUCCGACUCGCAUCUGUGAUUGCGCUGCGCAGCCUGAGUGAAACGCCCAACGUGCGGCAGCACCUAAAGUCUCUGAAUGCCGGGGAAAAACUUUCUUCCUCUCUCAGUAGCGAGUCUGAACAUCGUUCCCCGAGGAGCGGGACAGUACCCUGGGCACAUCACUGCGAGAAACUGCUCCAUCUACUGAGAGCACCGGAGUUCUCCUGACUUACUCUGCAAUAGACUUUUCAUCUACUGAGAGCACCGGAGUUCUCCUGACUUACUCUCCAAUAGACUCUCCAUCUACUGAGAGCACCGGAGUGCUCCUGACUUACUCUCCAAUAGACUCUCCAUCUACUGAGAGCACCAGAGUGCUCCUGACUUACUCUCCAAUAGACUCUCCAUCUACUGAGAGCACCGGAGUGCUCCUGACUUACUCUCCAAUAGACUCUCCAUCUACUGAGAGCACCGGAGUUGCUCCUGACUUACUCUGCAAUAGACUUUCCAUCUACUGAGAGCACCGGAGUUCUCCUGACUUACUCUCCAAUAGACUCUCCAUCUACUGAGAGCAUCAGAGUGCUCCUGACUUACUCUGCAAUAGACUUUCCAUCUACUGAGAGCACCGGAGUUCUCCUGACUUACUCUCCAAUAGACUCUCCAUCUACUGAGAGCAUCAGAGUGCUCCUGACUUACUCUCCAAUAGACUCUUCGUUUACUGAGAGCACCAGAGUGCUCCUGACUUACUCUCCAAUAGACUUUCCAUCUACUGAGAGCAUCAGAGUGCUCCUGACUUACUCUCCAAUAGACUCUCCAUCUACUGAGAGCACCAGAGUGCUCCUGACUUACUCUCCAAUAGACUCUUCAUCUACUGAGAGCACCGGAGUGCUCCUGACUUACUCUCCAAUAGACUCUCCAUCUACUGAGAGCACCGGAGUGCUCCUGACUUACUCUCCAAUAGACUCUCCAUCUACUGAGAGCACCGGAGUGCUCCUGACUUACUCUCCAAUAGACUCUUCGUCUGCUAAGAGCACCGGAGUGCUCCUGACUUACUCUCCAAUAGACUCUUCGUCUGCUGAGAGCACCGGAGUGCUCCUGACUUACUCUCCAAUAGACUCUUCGUCUGCCGAGAGCACCGGAGUGCUCCUGACUUACUCUCCAAUAGACUCUUCGUCUACUGAGAGCACCAGAGUGCUCCUGACUUAGUCUGCAAUAGACUUUCCAUCUACUGAGAGCACUAGAGUGCUCCUACCUUAUUCUGCAAUAUACUCUUCAUCUACUGAGAGCACUAGAGUGUUCUGCAGUAGACUCUUUAUCUGCUGAGGGUACAAAUGUGCUCCUGACUUAAGGUUGCUAUACACUAUAAGAUCCACUUGUUUGGUGAGGUUGCCAAACAUGUAGAUCUUUCCCCUGAUAUGCCCACCUAAGGUGGGCAAUAUCGUUAUAACCCUAGGGCUUAAUAAUUGCAUUACAAUGAAGGCAAUAGGAGCCGCAUCAGUGAGCCAAAGCAGUUCUCGGUCAGAGAGGAAAAUCAAGCCUGCCCCAUCGAUAUCUGACCGAUUUUUGGUCAGUGAGGCCCAUCGAAGGGCCCCAUACACGGGCAGAUAAGCUGCUGGAUCAGUCUGAAUCGGAAGCCUAAAUUUGCCCAUGUAUGGCCACCUUUACUCUACAAUAAACACUCUAUUUGUUUUGCAAUAGAUUCUCCAUCUUUACUCACUAUAGAUUGUUCAUCUACCAAGAGCAGUAGAGUAUGUAUACUCGACUUACUCUGCAAUAGAUUCUUAAGCUGCUCAAAAGGACCAAAGUGCGAUCUUUCCACCAGCGUGCUCCUGGUUAUCGAACAAUGGAUUCUCCAUUUUCUAAAAUCAUCAGAGUGCCCCUGACUUACUCUGCACUGGAUUCUCCAUCUACUGAGAGCACAAGUGUUUUUUAAAUAAUUCUUCUACAGACAGAGGAAAGACACUUGCCACUGACGCGCCCUCACGUGACUGUAUAUUGAAUUUUGUUAUGUGCCGAGGUGUUUUUGUAUGAAUAUUAGCUGGGUUGGAUAAGUGAGCACUGGGUGAAGUUGUGCCUUGCCGUAGAACUAGCACUCUCUGUAAAGCCUGACAGUGGUAAUUUGUACCACUGCUGUUUUGCAAUCUUCAAAAUAAAAUAUUUAUUUUUUGAUGUGAAA